AUGGCUUUUGGCGGCCCUGCGCAGGGGUUUACCUGUUGCUUCCCCCAUCACACACGGCUUUCGCUGGGUCCCCCCCCCUCCGUCAGACCCGAGCAGGGGUGGGAGGGCAGUGGGCUUCCUUUUCAGCGGGGCAAGAAGGGGGCCCAGCGUCAAGUUACGCUAAACCAGGGCUGUGGCGACUGUGCCCAUGCCGGUCUUUAUGAGCAUCUUAUAAGGUCGUGCUGGGAGUUUCUGCUAAAUCGUGGGAAGGUGGAUGCAAUUCACGGAUGCGGCUGCCAGCUGUUCGGUUUGGCUGUGGUUGCGGCGGUGACGAUGUGGCGCCUGGGUGCACGUGCUACUGGUCUGCAGGCUUUUGAAGAUUCCGAGGAAUGGGAGAUAGUCUUCCCUGCACUGUGGAGUCGGGGCCAGCAGGAGCCAGCCGGUGGCAGUGAUGGAGAGGAGGUGCUGCUGAGGAUCCCGGCAUUCUCUCGGGAGCUCUACCUGCUGCUCAAGAGGGACAGUCGCUUCCUGGCGCCCGGCUUUGCUGUGGAGGAGCGGCUCAGGGGUGAGGGGAAGAGCCCACCCAGUGCUGCACAGCCUCAGCCUGAGAGAGCUUGUUACUACAGUGGUGCUGUUCUCCGCUACCCAGGCUCCUUCGCCUCUUUCAGUACCUGUGGUGGACUGAUGGGGUUUAUACAGAUUAAUGAGGACUUCAUAUUUAUUGAGCCACUCAAUCGCACUUUGGCUGUGACAGGUCAUGCACACAGGGUGUACAGACGAAAAAGGUCCAUAGAGGAGAAAAUUGCUGAAAAGACAGCUUCUCAAAAUCAUUACUGUGGUGUUGUUACAGAUAAAAGAAAAUCCAAGAAUCAAAAAACAUCAGAGAGUGGAAGAGGAAAAAGAUACUCUUACAAAUUACCUCAAGAGUACAAUAUAGAAACUGUUGUGGUCGCAGAUCCAGCUAUGGUUUCGUAUCAUGGGACAGAAGCUGCCAGACGAUUUAUUCUAACUAUUUUAAACAUGGUUUUUAACCUUUUCCAGCACAAGAGCCUUGGACUGCAGGUGAAUCUUCGGGUGACUAAGCUUGUCCUGCUUCAUGAGACACCAGCAGACAUGUAUAUUGGACAUCAUGGGGAAAAAAUGCUGGAAAGUUUUUGCAAAUGGCAACAUGAAGAGUUUGGCAAGAAGAAUGAUAUACACUUAGAAAUGUCAACCAGCUGGGGAGAAGACAUGUCUUCAGUUGAUGCAGCUAUACUUAUCACAAGGAAGGAUUUCUGUGUUCAUAAAGAUGAACCAUGUGAUACUGUUGGUAUUGCAUAUUUGAGUGGAAUGUGCAGUGAAAAGCGGAAAUGCAUUAUUGCAGAGGACAAUGGUCUCAAUCUUGCUUUCACCAUUGCCCACGAAAUGGGUCACAACAUGGGAAUAAAUCAUGACAAUGACCACCCAUCCUGUGCAGAUGGUCUCCACAUCAUGUCUGGAGAGUGGAUUAAAGGGCAGAAUCUUGGUGAUGUUUCGUGGUCCCGGUGCAGCAGGGAAGAUCUGGAAAGAUUUCUCAGGUCAAAGGCCAGUAACUGUCUGCUACAGACAAAUCCUCAGAGCCUCAAUUCUGUGAUUAUUCCCUCCAAACUCCCGGGGAUGACGUACACUGCAGACGAACAGUGUCAGAUUCUUUUUGGGCCAACUGCUUCCUUUUGCCAAGAAAUGCAGCAUGUCAUUUGCACUGGGUUAUGGUGUAAAGUGGAAAGCGAGAAAGAAUGCAAAACUAAACUGGAUCCGCCAAUGGAUGGAACAGAUUGUAACGCUGGAAAGUGGUGUAAGGCUGGCGAGUGUAUCAAUCGGACCUCUUUUGCGGAGCACAUGGAGGGGGAGUGGAGCGCGUGGAGUACUUGCAGCCGAACUUGCAACACUGGAGUCAGCAGUCGACAGCGCAAAUGCCCUGGUCCAGGCCUUGAAGCAGAGUGUCAUGGUCCCAUGCUGCAGUACAGAAUCUGUGAAAACCCUUCUUGUCCUGCUGGCACGCCUGCCUUCAGGGACUGGCAGUGCCAGGCUUUCAGUGUCAGAUCUUCUUAUCAGAAGCACAUACAACAAUGGCAGGCUGUCAUUGAUGAUGAAAAGCCAUGCGCCUUAUUCUGUUCUCUAACUGGAAAGGAUCAACCCAUUCUCCUAACAGAAAAGGUCGUGGAUGGAACUUCCUGUGGCCAACAUGGGUUAGAUAUCUGUGCAAAUGGUAGAUGCCAGAAAUUUGGCUGUGAUGGCAUAUUAGGAUCUCUGGCUCGUGAAGAUCAUUGUGGUGUGUGCAAUGGUAAUGGAAAGUCAUGCAAAGUUAUUAAAGGAGAUUUUAACCAUACCAGAGGAGCAGGUUAUGUGGAAGCUUUGGUGAUACCUGCAGGAGCAAGGAGAAUCAAAGUUGUGGAAGAAAAACCUGCUCACAGUUAUUUAG